AUGAAGAAGCACGGGGACGAACGCGAUAUCAACAGGCGUCGAGAUCAUGUGUCUGAUAUCCAGGAUGGACUGGAAUGGAAAAAACGUCGCGCUUUACCACCGGCGAACAAGACUUGGCCCACAUGUCUCAUUAUCGCCCCUACAUCUGUUGUACCAAACUGGGAGCGCGAGUUUCAGACGUGGGGCUAUUUUGAAGUCGGAUCUUAUACAGGUUCGAAGAAAGAACGGGAUGAUGUUCUUACCGACUUCAAAAUGGGCAGGCUCGAUGUCGUGCUUACUACGUUUGACCUUGCCCGUCGAGACAUUGCGCUAUUGGAUGACCUCGCUUGGUCUGCUGUCUUCGUCGACGAAGCGCAUAGAGUAAAGAAUCCAAAGUCAAAGAUCACUUUAGCAUAUAAUCAAUUUGCAUGUCUUUGCCGGUUUGGUCUGACAGGCACAACCAUUCAAAAUAGCUAUAUGGAAGCAUGGACGAUACUUGACUGGACCAACCCUGGCCGGCUAGGAACAAGCAAACAGUGGAAAGGUUACGUUGUGAAGCCAUUGACGAUAGGUCAAUCUACUAGUGCGACUGAAGAGGAGAGAACAAAGGCUUUGACGGUCGCCAUUAUAGUUAGAGACAAAGUAUUACCCCAGUUCUUUAAAAGGAGAACAAAGGACAUUAUCAAGGACCAAUUACCCACGAAAACCGAUGAAGUAGUUUUUUGCCCGCUUACGCCCAUACAGGUUGCCGUUUACAAACGCAUCCUAAAUAUGAAUCACGUACAGAAUCUCGUCAGAAAAGACGAAAAUUGUGACUGCGGAUCAGGGAAAAAGCGCAAAGACUGCUGCUACCAUAUUGAGAAGGGAGGCGUUCUCAAGUAUAUGUCAAUACUCAUCAAGAUCUCAAAUCAUUUAGCGUUAAUACUUCCAGCCCCAAACGAUAGCCCGGAACAAACCCUACGGAAUCGGGAGCUCGCGGAAGUAGCCUUCCCGGGACAGCCUAUACCAAAGUAUGGGACAGCCAUGCUACUGCCGCAGUAUUGCGGAAAGUGGGUUGUACUCGAUACCCUACUUAAAGAAUGGAGAAAAGACCGCACGAACAAGGUCCUCAUAUUCACUAAAUCCGUCAAGCUUCUCGAUAUGUUGGAGUUUCAUCUCAAUACCAAUAGUUAUGGCUUCCUCAAACUGGAUGGAUCCACGAAGCAGAGUGAUAGGAUGCCUAUGAUAGAUAGAUUUCACCAAGACUCCGACAUCUUCAUAUUUCUCAUCUCUACUCUUGCUGGAGGAACUGGUCUUAACCUGACUGGAGCGAACAAAGUGGUCAUUUUCGGCGAACUUAAACCUGGAUAUCAUGCAGAUCCCAACUGGAAUCCUGCCCACGACCUGCAAGCUAUGGACAGAGCAUAUCGUUUUGGGCAGACACGCGACGUUUUCGUUUACCGCCUCCUUGGAGCUGGCUCAAUCGAAGAGUUAAUUUAUGCAAGGCAGUUGUACAAACAACAACAGAUGGCCAUUGGGUAUCAGGCCAGCGUGCAAACGAGGUAUUUCUCCGGCGUUCAAGGGGACACUUCCAGACAAGGUGAAUUGUUUGGAAUCAAGAACAUCUUCAAGCUGCAUGAGGAUACUCUGGCGACUAAGAUGGCUAUCGAGAAAGCAACGAUCAUGGAGCUAGACUGGGCACUUGCUCAUCUCAGCUCCACGAAGUCGAAGAAGUUAACAAAAUCUAAGGCCGAUGACUGGGUAUAUGAAGCCGAUUCUAAGAGCGGAAAGGAGGAAGCCGACCUACGGGGGCUGAGUGCUCUUCUCUUCGACGAUGAACCUCCGGAGGUUACAGAUGAUAAUGACAUUCACAAGACACUCAGCGCAAUAGGCGUGAAGUACAGCCACCGCAAUGACGACGUGUUAUUACCAAGUCGUAUAGAAGAAGAACGUUCUCGGACCGCACUUAAGGCGAAGAGAAAAAGAGCGGCUGUCAAGAAACUGAAACCCGAACGAAACCAAAGCACCCCUCAGCAAUCGAAAACCCCUGAACCAGAAUGGCCACCUCGACGGAAGCACCAUAAAGCACCUCUGUCUCCGCAAUCAAAAUUGGCCUCACGACAAAUGGCGCUGAUCGAACUGGGCAUGAUUAAUAGCCCAGCCGAUCUACCUGUUUUCGCACAGUCCUUUGCUCGCAAGUCAAGCGAAGACCAGAACGAGAUACUUGUAAGACUGGACGAACAUGUCCGCGGUUGUUCUUGA